AUGCCUCCAGUAUUCCUCGAAAGAUUGUCCCGUGCGGAAACUAUUUGGCUGAAGAAGCUUCGGCGAGCUUUCAAGGAUAAGGAACCAGGAAAUCCCUUCUUGAAAACUGUGAAGCUCUUCAGCUUACGCGGCAACACUCCCUUCGAGUGCAAAAUGACCCUCGAUACUGGAUCUGACCUCAACUGGAUCACCGUUUAA